GAUUUCUAUGUCAAUACGACAGUCGGCCGAAGAUCCCGGUGAUUGUAAGUACACCGUCCCAACGCGUUUACAGGUUCGAGUAUAAAUCACCCUUCUUCAGCAACCAUGUAGAUUUAAACAGGGCCUGCUCUUGCGUGCAGACACACCCACUUAAGGCCGCCAUUUCUUUUCUUCUCCAAUAUCCGUUUCAGAGACCUGGUAAACCAGAGGUUCUCACUUGACACAGACCUUUUCGACUUUGUUUACCUUUUCCUUAGUUUUAUGUUUUUUAUUUUUGUUUCACUUGGGAGUUCUAUUUUUUUGUUGGAAUUCUUCAAUUUUGACGAGCUUUGAGUUUUUCGUAGAAGUUUCCUGGUUUGUUUGAUUACUGACCGGUUCUGAGGUCCAAUAAUUUUAGGGGCUUUUCUUCUAUUGAUGGAUUUCAUUUUGCAUCAAGAAAGGUUCUGACUUCUUUUGGGUAUCCUUAGUUGUUUGUAUUUGUUGAACUAAUCUUACUGUUAGAUCAUUUGUGCAAUUUAUUAACAUCUUUCCAUAGAUAGGAAUCGGCAACUGCUAGAGACGAAGAAUUCUCAAGAGUUGGUUGUGACGAUCAGAUCUCCCAUGUUUUGUGUUAACAUGUUCAGUGGGAUUAGAUCUUGGUGUUGAAAGUUGGGUGUAUUGAAACAAAUCAGUCGAGGGCUACAUGGGGAAUACUUGUGUUGGACCGAGCAUUUCUAGUAAUGGUCUCGUCCAAUCAGUUUAUGCCGCAAUGUGGCGGACACGGACGCCUGAUGACUCGGUUUCGUCUCAUACCAAUGGAGAAACAGUCAAUGAGCAAACACAUAAUCAGCCCGGAUCGCCUCUGCCGGUCCAAAACAAACCCCCAGAACAAGUGACAAUUCCAAAACCAGAAACUAAAUCGGAACCAGUGCAACCCACAAAAGGCAAGAAGAACCCUUAUAUGAAGAGGGUGGCUAGUGCAGGGCUUCGUGCCGAGGUGUUAAAAAUGAAAAAUGGAAAUCUUAAGGAAUUUUUCAGUCUGGGGAAGAAACUAGGACAAGGGCAGUUCGGGACAACAUUUCUAUGUGUGGAGCAGGCAACGGGGGAAAAAUAUGCAUGCAAAUCUAUUGCAAAGAGGAAGUUGAUAACAGACGAAGAUGUUGAGGAUGUGAGAAGGGAAAUUCAGAUAAUGCACCAUCUGAAGGGGCAUCCAAACGUUAUAUCUAUUAAAGGAGCUUAUGAAGAUAAAGUGGCGGUUCAUGUUGUGAUGGAACUAUGUGCAGGAGGCGAGCUUUUCGAUAGGAUUAUUAAGCGUGGGCACUAUACAGAAAGAAAGGCAGCUGCACUUACUAGAACUAUAGUUGGGGUUGUAGAAGCUUGUCAUUCACUGGGAGUGAUGCAUCGUGACCUUAAGCCUGAGAAUUUUCUCUUUGUCAACAAUCAGGAGGAUUCACUUGUCAAAACCAUCGACUUUGGCCUAUCAAUAUUCUUCAAACCAGGUGAAGAAUUUUCUGAUGUGGUUGGCAGCCCAUAUUAUGUUGCACCAGAAGUUCUACGAAAACGUUAUGGUCCAGAAGCUGAUGUUUGGAGUGCUGGAGUGAUUCUUUACAUUCUAUUAUGUGGAGUGCCUCCCUUUUGGGCCGAAUCUGAGCAAGGGAUAUUCGAACAGGUCCUGCAUGGUGAUCUUGACUUCUCAUCUGACCCAUGGCCUAGUAUCACCGACAGUGCAAAGGAUUUAGUGAAGAGAAUGCUUGUUCGAGAUCCUAAAAGACGUCUAACUGCACAUGAAGUUUUGUGUCAUCCUUGGGUUCAAGUUGAUGGAGUUGCUCCUGACAAGCCUCUUGAUUCUGCAGUUUUAAGUCGCUUGAAGCAAUUUUCUGCCAUGAACAAGUUCAAGAAAUUGGCUCUUAGAGUCAUUGCAGAGAGCUUAUCUGAAGAAGAGAUAGCUGGUCUAAAAGAGAUGUUUAAGAUGAUUGAUGCGGAUAAUAGUGGUCAAAUCACUUUUGAAGAACUUAAGGCUGGCAUGAAAAGAGUAGGGGCUAAUCUUAAGGAGUCUGAAAUUUAUGAUCUAAUGCAGGCGGCAGAUAUAGAUAACAGUGGAACCAUUGAUUACGGGGAGUUCAUUGCUGCAACAUUGCAUCUGAACAAAAUCGAGAGAGAAGAUCAUCUGUUUGCAGCUUUUUCGUACUUCGAUAAGGAUGGCAGUGGUUAUAUUACGCCUGAUGAGCUUCAAAAAGCUUGUGAGGAGUUUGGCAUUGGAGAUGUUCGCCUGGAAGAAAUUAUCCAAGAAGUUGAUCAGGACAAUGAUGGACGCAUUGAUUACAAUGAGUUUGUGGCCAUGAUGCAAACAGGAAAUGGUGGUAAGAGGGGCAUGGAAAAUAGUUUCAGCAUUGGGCUUAAAGAAGCUUUAAGACUAUAGUUGCAUAAGCAGGUGUGAGAUUCUUGAUUCUUUCUUCUCUGUUUCAAUUUCUCAAGGAGCAAAGAUUUGUAUAGCAGGAGCAUAGGUGCCCAUCUAAGAAGCACCCUGCCCUUACUUUCAUGUACUGUGUGCUGCAGCUACACCAAUCUAAUUGUAUUGCAUUCCAUGCUGAGGAAAAUAACUUGUACUAUUAUCUUUUCUCUGAUAUUAUGAAUCUAACAAGUUGGGAACUUUUU